UAAAUAGUUGCCAUAACAAAAAUAUUAAUUUCCGCUUUCAAAAAUUAUCGUCUUACUCCUUUUAACACAUGUAAAAUGCAUAUUUAUCACUCUUUUUACAAGCUAAAGAGCUUCAGUGGUGCGAUCUAUGGGAAUCUAGCAGUUUACCAACACGACAAUGGCCGAACAGCCCGUUUGAGUUAUUUUUUAUAGGCCAUUACAGAAAGACCUGCCAUGUCUUUGGUUUAAAAAUGGCGUAUACAAGCUUUUUGUUUGCCGGUUUACGCUGUUGAUGAGUUGACGAGACCCCGCGCGUUGAUUUACGAGGCGUAUACUUCACGAAUAUGAAAAUAAAAUACAUGUAUAUGACAGCAUCGAAAAAUAGUAGAUAAUGGAGAGUUCGGAAGACGAUGCGGGCGCCGCGUCGAACGCUUCCCGCCGAGCGCUGGCGCGGGAAACGGAGCCCGAGCGAGCCGAGGCCAUGGACGCCUGUGCGGCCGAGCCGGCGGGCGCGGGCGGCUCGUGCGGCACCCCCGCGACGUCGGAGGAGAACUACGACGGGGACAGCGUCCCGUCGCCCUCGGCGCACGACGCCAACACCAGCACGGAGGCCAUCCUGGACAUGAUCGACGACUUCAUCGACGGGCCCCGGGAGCCGCGCGAGCCGCCCCGGGAGCCCGACCCGCCGCCCGCCGGCCCCGCGACGCCCGCGAGCACUGACCACACUGAGGAAACAACUGAUAACCUCUCUGUUUUGCAACAACAAACCAACAAGAGUGAGUGUGAUGUGAUCCUGGCAGAAGUGUUGAUUCCACCUCCCGUCCACAGUGCCAAAAGUGAAACCUUAUUGGAAUCCAGUACUGAACCAGAAUCACAGUUAUCUACACCGUGUGAAGUCCCUGUUGACACUGGUGUAGCGGCACAGUGUAGUGAGCCUGUUGCAUCUAGUGAAAUUGAGCCAUUGCCAGUGCCUGAACAAUCACAUCCAAUGGAUACAGUAAGUGAGGAAGUGGUUUCAGUUGGACAGAUUGAGGAAAGUGCAUAUGUUCACCAGCAAUCAUUACCAACUCAGAGUGAAGAUGUUAUUGUGCCUGAAUCACGUAAUCAACCCCCUUCAGAAGAGCACAGUGAACCAUCUGCAACGGUAGAGCAAAGUGAACAGAUACUUGCAGUUGGAAAAAGUGAAUUACCACUAGAGCAAUGUGACCUGCCAGCCCCAACAAUUGAGUGUGCAAUACCAUUAGUGCCAGAAUCAAGUGUAUUAUCUCCCGCGGCAGACAAAUGUGAACUAUCAGAAACCAUUGGACAAAGUGAUUUGCAAUCUAUGGCUGGACAAAGUGAAUUAUCAUGUGUGGAUCCAAGUGUUUUGCCACCAUUGAUAGGCCAAAGUGAAUCGCCGUCACCGACAGAGCAUAAUGAACUCUUACCAGCCAACCAAAGUGAUUUACCAUCAUCGGCAGAGCAAGACAAUCUGUCAUCAGCCCCAAUUCAAAUUAAAUCAACAGAGCAAAUUGAUGAACAGUCAAAGGUAGAUCAAAGUGAACUUCCAACCACACCAGAGCAAAGUGAAGAGCAUUCCUUGGCUGAGACAAGUGAUCUCCCACCAACAACAUCUCAAAGUGAACUGUUAUCAGUGACUGAACCAACUGAAUCCACAGCAAAACCAGUAGAUGCACCUUCAUCGGAAUUACAGAGUGAACAGCUCUCAUCAGCAGUAGAGAGUGAUGUUCCUACAUGUAUGGAUGGAGAGCUGCCUUCAGCAUCAAAUACUGCCUCUUGUGAAUCACCAGCACCUACAGUGCAAUCUGAAAAUGCCCCAUUAGAAGUGCAAAGUGAACUACCCACAUCAGCAGUACCUACACAACAACCUCAAUGUGAACCUGAGCUAAGUGCACCUCCAAUUGUGGAGCCGGAGCAACAGCCUGUGUCUAGCGUAGAAACUGAUACGUUAAGCAGCUGUCCUGUACCUUCAAGUAGCAUUUCUGACUCUUUAGAUACUAGUGAAUGCCAAGUGCAGGACCGGACAGUAAAGUGUGUGUCUUCAAGUGAGAGUAAUGACAAUGUAACAGUUGGAAGUGUUGAAUCAACCUCUAGUGACAUUAUUGCUAGUACUCCAGUGACUCGGUCUCCACUUAAAAGGAGGCUAGUGCGGCCGGCUCGGCCAGAUACUACAGUGUCAUCAUCAGUGGACUUGCAACCCACUGUGACCCAAACUACUCAACCCACUACCAGUGAAUGCAUUGUGAAAGAUGUAUCUAGCUCCUCUGAUGCUGUAUCUAGCAUAGAAGAUGUGUGUGCAACCAGGAUAACUGGUAAUGUUAGUGAAAUAAGUGUUUGUAAAGCCGAAACAUCAACGGCGGUGAGUACUCCUAAGAAAAUUAAACUAAUUAGAAAUAAAAUUCCUGCCCCAGUCACUCAGACAGUGCAAAUUACUCCUGAACCACAACCAUGUCAGUCUACAUCUUUACCAGAUGCUUCAUUAAGUGAGUCCAGAAGUGAAAGCUGUUUUGUCAACUGUAUAAGUACUACAGAAUCAACACAUACAACAGUAGAUGAGGAAACUGUGAAAGAAAGCAACACUUCUGAAAAUACUGUUUCUGAAAUUAUAAUAAAUGAAACACCUAAAGAAGAACCAACUAUAGAGCCUCCAGAAGAAAAGUUAGAAGCAAAAGAACUUAAUGAAGUUAAACAUGAAAAUGAAGUUGAAACAAGGAAAGUUCCACCCAUUAAAUUGAGCCUUAGUGGGACAUGCAAUAGUGAGCCUGUGGUUCCUGAAGAACAGUUGGAUGAUGUCAAGAGCUUACCUGAAAAGAGUGACAAUAUUGAGACUGCUAAAGAAUGUACAGAAACUGUUAAGCAGGUACCAAAACUUACUAUUAAAAUAGGAAGUGCUGGAAAGAUACCAGAAGAAAUGAAGAGCCCCAUACCUAAAGUGACUAUAAAACCUUUGAGACCACCUGUUGAUGAUAAACAAACAGAAAACUGUGAGCAGUUCCCAAGUAUUACAAAGUUAAACAUCAAACCAAUACCCAAGCCUCCUGAAAAGAUAAAUGAUAUCCAUAGAAAAUCAAGUAGUAGCGAUAUAUCUGACACAAGUGAAAGUUCUGAAAAUGAUGAAACUAGCACUUCAGACCAAGCUUCUGCUUCAGACCAAGGCCCAAGUGAUGUAAUCCCUAAGGUCACUAUUAAAUUGGGCAAACCUGGUACUCAAAGUGAAGGAAAAUUCUACACAGAAAAAAGUAUUCCUAAGCUUACUAUCAAGCCAUUGCAAAAUGAAGAACAUGUGGACAUUCAAUCAGAAGAAAGGCAAUAUGAGAAAAUACCGAAGCUGACUAUUAAACCUGUAACAAGAUCAGACAGCCAACCUCUUAGUCCAAAGUUGACAAUAAAGCCACUGAAACCUCCUCCAGAAUCUAAUCUUUGCAAAGAAAUUAAUAUGGAUCAGAGUGAAAUCCCCAAACUUAAAAUAAACCAAGAAUCUCUUUCUCCUCGGGAAAUAAAAGAGAACUCACAUGUCCCUAAAAUAACAAUAAAACCUAUAACAAAACCUGAUACAGAAGCAACAAGUCCUAAAUCCACAAAGAAACUGUCUUCAAAAUGUGAAGAUGAUCAUAUCCCUGUUGUAACAAAAUUGAAUAUAAAACCUGUGGUAAAACCUACAGAAAGAUCUGGUGAAUCUUCUGACUCUUUUGAUGAUAAAGUUCCUGUAGUAUCAAAAUUAAAUAUAAAACCUAUAGUCAAGCCUAAAGAUAAUGAUAUAGAUUCUAACUUAGAAGAUAUACCUAAAGUUACAAAGAUUAAUAUUAAACCUAUAAAAAACCCUGAAGAAAAUAUUACUGAAGACUGUGAUGAUUGGAAUACUUGUGGUGAUGCAAAGAGUAUACCUAUUGUUUCUAAACUAAAUAUUAAGCCUAUUGUUAAGCCUGUAGAUGAAGACGCUUCCAAGGAAUCUGAAAAUCAAUCAUCUGAGACAGGAAACUCAAGUGAUGAUAACACAGAUCAAAUACCAGUAGUAACUAAAUUGAACAUAAAACCUAUUGUGAAACCGAAUGAUAGUAAUGAUUCUUCACACUCAAAAUCGAAUGCAUUAAUCGAAGAUAAUAUUCCAGUUGUGACUAAACUUAAUAUCAAACCAAUUAUAAAACCAGGUGAUGAUGUGUUGCCUUCAUCUCCUAAAAAAGAGAAAAGCAGUGAUUAUAGAAAUGCUGACACUGUGCCAGUGGUUACGAAGCUGAAUAUAAAGCCGAUAGUUAAACCAGAAGAAAUGGAACUCCAGCAAAGAGAAAGUGAAGAAGCUACAAACCCACCAAUUGUGAUGAAGAUUAAUAUAAAAUCCAUGACUGAGUCUUAUGAUAAAGUAGAGUCUAAAGCUAAAGUCAAUGAGAAUCAUACAGACGAAAUUCCCGUUGUUUCUAAAAUAAAUAUUAAGCCCAUUGUAAAACCAAUUGAUGUUUAUGAUGAAGUCAAAGCAGUUGGAUCGCCCAAGAAACAGAACUGCCAUCCAAAACCGGAUACUUCCUGUUCAGAAGAAACAAUUGGUUCUACAAAUACUGAAUCAUGUGAAAUUGUAAAACAAAAUUGUGUGUCAGAAUCUCUAGAGAUCCGUCCUGUAAAAGGCCUAAAUUCAGUUGUUAAUAUGGUAAAAUCAAGUUCACCAGUACCCAUAACAAAAGCAUCUGAGAACAUGGAAAGGAGCAUCAAAGCCAAUAUCCAUAAUGAAGAAAGAAAAUCAAAAGAUGUGGUAACAGAAGCUAGUAAAAGACAAGCUAUUGAACAGCUUUCUCAAAUCACUCGAAAAUCUUCAACACAAACAUGCACAUUACUCAAGAAGCUGCUUGAAGAAACCACUGUGACUAAAGUUGAAAAUAUAACGAAUGCACAGUCAUCAGUUGAGACCAACAAGACCAGUACUGAAAAUAACAUAGCAGUGGUAAAUUGUGCUAAAAGCAGCCCCCAGAUUAGUGAGAAAUUGGUAAACUCUGACAAGAUGGGGAAUGACUUGCAGCAUGAUCCAAAGGAGGAACUGAGCGAGCAGGUAACAAAGCCCCUAGAGAUUAACACUGUAUCAGACAAGGUGACUAGCUCAGGUCAGGAUUCACCAAGGAUUAUUCUAAAGAUCAAUAAGACUGAACAUGGUGCUUCAUCAGAAAUUAUUAAUUUGACAGAUGAAGUCAAACCCUGUGAAAAAUCACAGUCCACUCAGACUAUGAAAUCCUUUGCAAAUCACCAAAAGGCUCAUUUAAACAGUAAAAAGAAAACUGAACCUGAAGAAGUUUCUAAUGUAGUGGGGAAAAGAUUGCGAAGUUCAAGAGUGGUUCAAGAACAAGAAAAAACUCCUACGCCUAGACGUCUUACCGGCAAGAGAGGAACCCCGCUAAGUGCCAGUUCAGAUAACAAGGAGACCGAAAUGACGGCGCUAGAGUCCAAGAGAGUCAAACUAGGCAAGCUCCUCAUGAACAAAGCCCUCACUAUAACGCCAGUGACCAACGACAUGGCCACAAUAACGCCGAUCGUAAAAGUCCCAAGCGUAUCUCCACCGAACCCUAAAGAAAAGGUCAACAAUUCCAUCUUAAACAACGAGAAUUGCUCCAAAAAUGGCAAUUCGAAGUUGCAUAAAAUCCUGUCGAAUCUGCAAGCGAAGCAGGCCAUGCAGGUGAUGCCGACAAUAAACUGCUUAGACAAUAGAAGCAAAAUAGUUCCAGAGCACGACUCUACGAACACGUCGACUGGGAGUUCAGACGUCGUGGAGGUGCCACUACCGGUAGACCAGCAGGUCAUUAUGCUGGACAGUCCUAGCUCCCGGGACUUUUCCCUCGCGCCAGAUGACGUGGCGCAAGACCCGCUAGACGUGGACUCUUGCAAGGAGGUCUCCAAGCAGAUAGUUCCGGAGGUGAUGACUCCGCAGCCCAAGAAGCGCGGGCGGCCGCGCAAGGUGCCGGCGUCCGAGGGAGCCAAGCCCGCGCCGCCGCCGCUGCCCACGCCCGCUCUGGAGGAGCGACCGCAACGGUCACUCAGGCUGUCCAGGGAUCGUCCGGCCAUCAUACCGAAGCCGACCAGAGGCCGCGGGCGCGGGCGUGGCGGCAAGCGGCCGGCGGAGUCGCCAGUCGUGGCUACAGAACCCGCCCCUGAACCCCCCGCUACGCCCACCAAGACCGAAGAAGAAAUAGACCCGACAAGCUCACGAAUCAAACUCCCGCGCAUGACGGAAGCGUUAGAUAACAUGCCGUCGACGCCUCUGACCAGUCGAAGACGCAGCUCGUCUGUGGCUGAGACGCCGGAGUUGAAGGUGGUGCUAUCGACGCUGCCCGCUGAAGAGCUGAUGAAGUCUCCGGACGCGAAGGGCGGGCGCGGGGGCAGGGGCGGGCGCGGGGGGCGGGGGCGGACGCCGGCGAAGAGUCCGAAGAACAAGGGAGGGCGGCGGGGCGGCGGCCGAGGCGCUGUCUACAUGAAGGAGACGCUGGGCAUCUACGGGCGCGUGUGCGGGCCGGCCACCACCACGGUGCAGCUGUUCGAGGAGGAGACCUGCAUGAUGGACGACAACGCCACGCCCGCCAAGCCCUCUUCCCACCUACUGGAUGAAGAUUCUCAAAGCUCAGUGAAGAGUUCAACGAACGAGAGCAGCAAAAUGAAAAAAUCCAAGUUUGCUGAUCUGUUUGACAGUAACAAAGUGUGGACGGCAGCCGAUGUGAAAGAAUACAAAUGGCCGCCGCCUGAAACUGAAAAUGCUGAACCGCAGGUGAUGAUGAUCCAGGAGCAAGUGGCCAUGUUCCUCGGAGUGAAGGGCUUCAAGCGGCGCUACCCGGAACUGGCGAGGCGGGCUGUAGGCGGCGAGGAGCGCGCCUAUGUACUAGCGCAGGGGGUGGUCACCGCCGCGCUGUGCGACCUCGGUAUAACAGCAGUAGACGCGAGCGAAGUCCUCGACAUCAUGUUAUCAGACUUCCCCCACAAAUACGAGGAGUACCGGGGUCACCAGCGAGCGCGGAGGCAGGAGGUCGCUGAGGAGGAGCCCAAGGUCGAGGUCAAGGUCGAGGCCAAGCCGGAGCCGCCCAAGGUCGACCCGGUCAAGUUGAGGAAGGAAAUGGCAGCGGCCGCCGUCGCCUCCGCCUCGGAAUUCAACGCGCGGCUCAACGCGUCUCGACGUCCCUACUCCGUGGACUUACAAUCCAACACCGUGCACGCUCGCGCCCCCCCGCCCCCCGCGCCCCCGCGCCUGAGGGUCGCCCCCCCUGGGGGGAUGUACCCGCUGGCGCUGCUGCCGGCGCAGUACCAGCACUGCUACCGGAUCUACACGCCCGAGGAGCUCAGAUACUUCCCAAUAAACACUGCGCUAGCCGCGCCGCCGCCGCCGCCGUCGCCUGAAGAAAGUUCAGAAUCAGAGCCAGACUGGGGAAGCGCCUCCUCGUCUAGCGAUGAAUCGGAUGAACGCAGCUCGAAGAGAAAAAAGCUAACAAAGACGGCGCGAAGCAGUAUCGUGACUCUGAAGGAAGAGGAGCCGCCGUCCGGUGACCUCUGUCGAGUCUGCAACCUCCGAGAGGAAGCUAAUAGGAAGUACUCGCACGAACGGUUCCUAGAGUGCUCGAAUUGUCACGCUAAACUGCACCCGUCCUGCCUAGAGCUCUCGCCGGACACGAUCCGAGCGUGCCGGCAGUACGCGUGGCAGUGCGCCGAGUGCAAGUCCUGCUGCGGCUGCCGGCUGCCGCGCGACGACGACAAGAUGCUGUUCUGUGACUUGUGCGACCGCGGCUUCCACAUAUACUGCGUGGGGUUGGCUGCCGUGCCUGAAGGUCGGUGGCACUGCUUCGAGUGCGCAGUCUGCAAGUCUUGCGGCGCGCGCACCCCCUCAGGCCUCGCCGGGGGUGAGGCGGGGGGAGCGGGGGCGGGCGCGGGGGGCGCGGGGGACGAGGCGCAGUGGCACCACCAGACGCGGCGCGGGCCCGGCGGCCACAAGGUGUACUCGCACUCGCUUUGCACGCCGUGCGCUCGUAAAAGCAAGCAGAAGCGCCGACAAACGUCAAAAAUGUUCCAAAUCGAAGACAAAUCGAGGGACGCUGACAAAAAUGCGUAUCGCAUCGGCCGCUACUGCCCGCUCUGCGACCGCUCGUUCAUCGGACCCAAGGGCACCAUGCAACUCGUCAUAUGUAAACUCUGCGAUAGGCAACUGCAUCAAGACUGCGUUAGACAGACGGUGUCGAACCUCAACGUGCUGGAGUACACUUGCGCCGAGUGCAAGCGCGGCGGCAUCACGUCGCGAGCGGCCGCCGCCCGCCUCGCGCCGCGCACCAUCGCCACGCUGUUCAUGGCCAAGCGCCGGUUCAACAAGUACGCGCACCGGCAGUACCUCGCCUCUCGACUUGCUAGCAAACAGGAGGACGACAGCCUGCCAGAGCCCGAGAGCCUUCCUGAGCCAGAACCGGAGAGCCUGCCCGAGCCAGAGAGCCUCCAAGAGCCCGAGAGCCUUCCCGAGCCCGACGACGCCUCUAUGGACGUGACGGAGGCCAGCGACCCUCUAGCCGUAGACGAGCCCUCUCCCCCCGCCGACGACGAGGCAGCGGCCGCCGUCAAGGCACUCCAACUAGACUUCGGCGACUGAAAGUGACUGUGUGUGUGUCGAGUGCUGGACUGUAUAGUGGACGAUGUAAUAUAUAUUUUUAGUGUUAGACGUACAUAUAACUCUUAUCCGCUUACGGUAAUACGGUUGUAAGGUACUGUUGCAUAAAUCUGAUUAAUAUAACUAUUAAGUGGUAGGCUAUCUGUUAAGUGUAAGUUAUCGGAUAGUGGUGAGAUCUAGCUGUAUUGGCUCUUGUGUUUUCGCCGCGUUGUCUUCUGUUCCGUGCGUUGCGAAUUGCGGUUAUGAUUCGUUUCGAGGAAGGAAAUAAACUUUAAUGAUAUUUAUCCCUAGAGGAGUAGACAGUUUAAUUUAACACAAAGAUAUUUAAACAUCCGUAACUUGGUUAGAUGGUAGUGGAUCGCAGAUCACUAACAGUUAAGUUGUACAGUAAAUAUCUACUAACAUGACUAUGGGUAGCUGGCCGAUCUUUUCUUAUUAUUAUUAUUUUCCGUUUUCUAUAAGAGAAAUCAUGUAAUUUGUAUGUUUCCAUUUUUGUUAUGUUGAAGGAGAGUAUAAAUGAGAUUGAAGUGCUGUAUUUUAUUAAACUGACCGUUUGUCUAACACGUUGUAAGUGUAGCAGUGUGUGGUUUUAUAGAGGGACUUGUAGAUGAUCGCUGGACACUGGUCCAGAGAUCGAACUAGUUCUGUUUACAAGUAAUAUCGUCUGUUCACCGUUGCAUUUGAAAUAGUUUGGUACAUUCGGCGCUAUAGUACAGCGGCAGGCAUCUGUCGCAUCCAAAAAGGUCCAACUACAGCGCAUUUUGUUUAAGAAUAAAUUUUAGAUUAUUUUUUAACGUCGCUUCAUUAAGGUAUUUAUUUUAGUUAUAUACUUUUAUAUGGAUACACCUGUAUACAAUCACGUCACAUACUCGAUUAUUUGCAGAACUUUAAAAUAUUAUAUUAAAUACAUACACCAUAGUACCUAAGUGGUCUGAAGUCCACGAGAAUUAACUUAUGAUUACGAAUUAUGUUUAUAAAUACAACAUUGGCUAAGGCUUUAAGCAGUCUUUAUGUUAAUCCCCUAAACCCGAGUUAUUGUGUUAAUUUUAUAAAAUGUUUUGUUUAAUAUUAAACAGUUAGAGUAUUUUAAGGCUUUUCGUCUUGGUAGAGUAAUUUGUGUGAAUGAAAUUCAACAACUCCCCCUUUAAAAUGAUUAUUGUCGUUUCUUUUAUUAUUUCAAAGUACAAAUAUGUAGCUGGUAUAGGCAUCUACGAACUUACUUUCAAAUCCCUGCGGCACGUAUCCACCCAACAUUUAUGUAGUUUAAUUAUAAUCGAAUUUUAUUUAUCAGAGUAUAACGUUUAUUAUUUAGAUUCUGAGAAAUAUGUUUAUUGUAGAAGAAGUAUUACAGUUAUGUAUUUGGGUGGUUGCCGCCGCGGAGGGUGCCGCUUGUUCACUGCCAUGGCUGCGCGCGCGCACGCUCGCAGCUCCAGUAUUGCUGUCCUGCUCUCGCCCCUCGAACCACUUCGUGUGCAAUUUGUCCCCAAUAUGUUGUGUAUUAUAAAUUAGUAUAAGAGCAAGUGAUUCUAUGGCAACAUCUUGAACACUUAGUGCGUGAAAUGUAUUAUUUUUAGUUUAUAAUUAUGCUUUGGUUAUUAAUAAACUGUAUUUACUUAGCGACAAUGUUGAGAUAAAAAAGAUUUUGUAACAAAUUAUUUCAUCGAAUCAUGUUAUAAUGUUUUGUAAUGUAUGUACACAGCUGAUUGGUUCGGGUGCGCCCACUAUGCGCAUUGUUUUCUUGACACAGGUGAUUAAGACUUACAUGUAAGAAAAUUAUGAUAAAUCUAUGUCUACUUAAUGCAAGUGUAAACGUUCUAGAAAUCUCGCACUGUUCGGUCAAUUUUGUAAAAAAAUAAAGUAAAUUUAAUUUA